GAACCAUGUUUGUUUGGUCGAUAAUUUCAUCAAAUUUUCACACAUCUUGAGCAAAUUUCCCUCAAAAAUUCAUCUUUGAAAAGCCAAUGCCCGGUGGCAAAGCGAAGAAAAAGCCGGCCGGAAAGGGCGGCAAAGACGACGACAACGGAGGCGGCGCCGGGGCGGCACCGGCCGGCGAGGGCGACGAAGUCGACGAAGAGGAGACCGAGGCGAAGCCCAAAAAGGGCAAGGGCAAGAAGGGCAAGGGUAAGGGCGGCAAGUCGUCCAAGUUCCAGGGCGACCUGUUCAGCGAGUCCGCGAUGGAGAACGCCUACUACGUCUGUCAUAAUAUCCAGGACGUGCUAAAAUCGCGCGGAUUUGCCUGGCCCGAGGGGCAGAAGAAGAAAAAGAAGGGGAAGAAGUAAGUCGACAAGCGCGCGUCGGUGGUGCUGCAUAUUGGUAGGCGUUUCACGCUGGAAAGGCCAAGUCGAUGUGCAGGUUUGUGUUGGUGAGCGUGAGGUUUGAUUUGUAUAGAAUACAGUGUGAAGAAGGAAUGAAUAAAGAUAACAUUGACUAAA